CAUCCAGGACAGGACGGGACACACUUUGAGCUUUUCUCCAAAAGAGCACCUACAGACACUCAGGAUGCAGAAGUGCGUUGGCGGAGUCUGUGUGUCCCUCAUUCUGUGCGCUGUCCUCUCGGAGACUCUGGGCAUGGUCAUAGCGGCGAAGGAGAAGCGCGGCUGGACGCUGAACAGCGCUGGAUACCUGCUGGGCCCGCGUCGUAUUGAUCAUCUAAUACAGAUAAAGGAUGCUCCCAGUGCAAGGGGGAGAGAAGAGCUGCUUGGUGAAUAUGCCAUUGACAGCCACAGGACGCUCAGCGACAAGCACGGCCUGGCAGGGAAGAGGGACAUGGAGGACGACUUCAAAUCAGGAACCCUGAGGAUAACAGAUGAAGAUGUUGUCCACACCAUCAUAGACUUUCUAUCAUAUCUCAAACUGAAAGAAAUGGGGGCCCUGGAUAAUCUGCCUUCCUCUCUCACAUCAGAGGAGUUGAGUCAGCCUUAACUCGGACCAAACCUCAGAUUUCUCAGAACACUGACCUCCGACCUUCUGACCACCGAGCUCUCCCGAACAGGCACUGUUUUUGUUCCACGUCUUCAUCACUGUAGCGUUCGCUUGAGUCUCGACACAUGAGCUGAGUCCUGAAGAGUUACUUGAAUGGCUGAGUUGAAGAAUGUGUCACGAAUAAAAGUUGUAAAUGGC